ACUAUUACGACAUAUAGCUGGCUGUAUAAAGUGUUGUUUCUAGACGAUACUUGCUACACAACAACAGCAGAAAUCAUCACACUGCUACUGCAAAUUGUCGUUAAACUGUUUUACCAUGAUGUCCCUGUACUUGGCAGUGUUGGUGCUCUGUAUGAGUGCAGUGUAUGCGGCCCCUAGGUUUGACUCUCAGUUGGAGGGCCACUGGCACUUGUGGAAGAAUUGGCACAGCAAGAACUACCAUGAGAGAGAGGAGGGCUGGAGGAGGAUGGUUUGGGAGAAGAACCUGAAGACUAUUGAGAUUCACAACCUGGACCACUCUAUGGGAAAACACUCCUACCGUAUGGGCAUGAACCACUUCGGUGACAUGACCAACGAAGAGUUCAGGCAGCUGAUGAACGGCUACAAGCAGACGACUGAGAGGAAGUACAAAGGCUCUCUGUUUAUGGAACCCAACUACCUGCAGGUCCCUAAAGCUGUGGAUUGGCGAGAGAAGGGCUAUGUCACUCCCGUCAAGGACCAGGGCUCAUGUGGGUCUUGCUGGUCGUUCAGUUCCACCGGCGCCUUAGAGGGCCAGCAUUUCAGGAAGACUGGCAUGCUGGUGUCUCUGAGUGAACAGAACCUGGUGGAUUGCUCCAGACCCCAGGGCAACGAGGGCUGUAAUGGAGGUCUCAUGGACCAGGCGUUCCAGUAUGUAAAGGACAACACCGGCCUGGACACAGAGAAGUCUUACCCCUAUGUGGCCAAGGAUGAUGAUCCUUGCCACUACCAACCAGAAUUCAGUGCUGCCAAUGACACCGGCUUUGUGGACAUCCCCAGUGGCAAGGAGCAUGCUCUGAUGAAGGCUGUGGCGACUGUCGGCCCCGUCUCUGUCGCCAUCGACGCAAGCCACGAAUCCUUCCAGUUCUACCAGUCUGGGAUCUACAAUGAGAAGGAGUGCAGCAGUGAGCAGCUGGACCAUGGAGUUCUGGUGGUGGGAUACGGUUUCGAAGGAGAGGAUGUGGAUGGCAAGAAAUUCUGGAUCGUCAAGAACAGCUGGAGCGAGAAGUGGGGAGACAAAGGCUACAUCUACAUUGCCAAAGACAAGAAGAACCACUGUGGCAUUGCCACGGCAGCCAGCUACCCACUGGUCUAGUGUUCUAGAACCUGGAGGUUCUAGAACACUAGACCCAGAGUUUUAGAAACGCUUGAUAAACGUUCUGAAAGGGCCAUGAUGACUACAGUGCUGCCUUAACUAAAUCUGUGAAAGCUGCGUGAGAACCUGUUGCUUGGGUUUUAAACAAACACUGUUAGGGAAUUUAUGAAAUUCUACCCAUUUUGUUUUAUACUCUAUUUUAUGUGUGUGUAUGCAUUUUGAGUCGCGUGAAUGUUACAGGUGUAAGAUCUGUGUACAUUCGUAGUUUUCUGCUUUUACACCUGUUCUGUAAAGUUUUGUACAUAUGAGCAAAAUAAACCUUUUAAAAUUGA